GUGCAUGCAUCACUGGGUUAUAGGAUGGUUUCUCAACAUCAGAGGGAUGUCCAAGUGCUCUAGACCUUGCGUGACCACCUUCCUGGUUCUCUUCCUGUUUCUGAAUGGCAGCCACUGCAAAAGUGGUUUGGGUUCUACAUGGAAUGACAGGAUAAAAGACGCUAUGAUCAGCAUCACCGGCAAGAUUCCCCCUGUAGAGGGCAUACCAGUUGGACAAAUAAUUAGUAUGCUUUUAAAGGUUUUCUGGCCAUCGUCUGAACCAGAUAUCUGGAGCCUCAUAAAAGAUCAAGUGGAAGGAUUGGUAGAUCAGAAGAUCCUCGAAUUUGAGCUUCAGGAGAGAAAUAAUGAGAUUCGUGCUCUACAAAAGACGAUGCAGAUGUACGUAGAAGCUCAAAUCAGAGAAAAGGGUUCAUUAAUGUCAACCAUGGUCCAUGCCAGCAAUGAGCUAUUCUUCAAGCUCACUGACUCUAAGAACUCUGUGCAACUUAUCCCUCUGUUAGUCACACAUAGUACUCAACACCUUACAAUAUUAAAGGAGAGGCUUCUUCAUGGAAAGGAAAUGUAUUGUCAGGACAACAGUCAGGUCUGGAAAAGUGAUCUGGAGUACCAAAUUUCUACAUACAAAGAUUCCAUAAACACAAUUUAUUUGAAAUGGGUAGAGUGGAGAAAGGCAAAAAUCACUCUAGAUAUAGGACUACAUACACCUCCCACUACCAUCCCACCGUUUUUUAGAUUUGAGCCAUAUGGGAAUGUCUAUGAUGAGCUGACCAAAGAAUCAGCUAAUUAUUUGCAUUCUGGUCUGAAUGGCCCUAAUGAUAAGAAUUAUUUUAGAAAGAUAUGUGAGGCAGUAAAGAAAAACAUGUUUAGUGUUCAGAAUGGAGAAAUCCUACAGAUCUUGGUAACAAGUUUUUACCUGGAUAACUUCAUCCCUGGGAACGAAGAUAAUCCCUCAGUCAUACCUGCAUCGAUGUCUAAAGCAUCGUUUGGUCCUAUCUCACCCAGUGUUCAGGUUCUACGGAAUGAUAAGUUUCGCCUGUUUACACCAGGAGAUGACAACACAAGGAAUGGUGAAGUUACUGGCUUCAAUGUUCGUGAAUGGAACAUUUUAGAUGGUUUCCAGGUUCUUUACAGUACCCAUAGCGGGGCAUUUAUAGGAAACAGGGGGGGUGGUGCCCUCCAUGAGGUCCGAUUAAAUAACAAACGUGCCAAAUCCCUAAAAUUCUGUGCUAAUAACUGUGAUAUGAUUGAAGUAACCAUAGGAUUCUCCAAUGGGGAAUCUACUGGGCGUCUUGGAAACCGUGGUGGAUGGAGGGUGGAGUGUGUUAACACAGGAGGGAUAGACCUCUAUGGACUAUACAAUGCUCGUUUGUCAGGAGGUGGAUGUGAUCCUGCAUUGUAUCAGAUUGAGUUAGAUUAUAAAGCCUAUCCUGCCAGACCUUCUCAAUUUGACACAGGUCAUCGAUACCAUGUGGAUCUUGCCAGUGAGAAUUUUAAAUACCGUUCAAUACUGGAAGAGACAAAUUGAUCGCUGCCAUGUAUUGAAUCAUACGGCCAAUUGUCCUGUAAUUUCCAAUCAAGAAUAUGAAAGUUGUGCUUUGUAUCAGCAAGAUGUUUUUCCAAAGAAAUAUGAAAAUUGUCACAAUUACUAGUGAAUAUAAAAAUAAAUGUGUGGGGAAAAAUAAA